AUGGAGGAUGACGAGUAUACGACCAGCAAAAUGGGGGAAAUCAAGCUCGAGGAGGGCGCGAACGGCGCGCGCGUGAAGCAGGAAGGCAGCGCUUCCAUGUCCACUACCAACGAUAGCCACGACGGAUCCCGAUCGCCAACCGCGUCACACGAUGGUGUCAAGUCGCGCAGCGAAAGCGCGGACACGCCGAGCUCGACCAAGCCUCCAAGGUUGUCUCGAAAAGCCUCCCAGAAAUUGGCCGCCACCCGCGAACCCGUCCUUUUCGACCACCUUCCGGACGUGACCACCGAGUCCUACAACUUCUUCCAGGUCAUACCCGACUGUCUUUACGGCUCAAAGCACCUCGGAUCUACAGAUAACGACUCCCUGGACUGCGAGUGUCGAGAGGAAUGGCGCGAUGGCGAGAACCUUGCUUGUGGCGAGGAUUCGGAUUGCAUCAACCGAGCGACCAAGAUGGAGUGCAGCGCCGAGGCUGGAAAUUGUGGAGGCGGCUGCCAAAACCAGCGAUUCCAGCGCAAGCAAUACGCCACUGUGUCUGUCAUCAAGACGGAAAAGAAGGGAUUUGGACUUCGAGCGGACGCGGACCUGCAGCCCAACGACUUUGUCUAUGAGUACAUCGGCGAGGUGAUCAACGAGCCCACUUUCCGGCGUCGUAUGCUUCAGUACGAUGAAGAGGGCAUCAAGCACUUCUACUUUAUGUCUCUGAACAAGAGCGAAUUUGUGGACGCAACCAAGAAGGGAAACCUGGGUCGCUUCUGCAACCACUCGUGCAACCCCAACUGCUAUGUGGACAAGUGGGUGGUUGGAGACAAGCUUCGGAUGGGCAUCUUCACAUUGCGCAAGAUCCAGUCCGGCGAAGAAUUGGUCUUCAACUACAACGUCGAUCGAUAUGGCGCUGAUCCUCAACCCUGUUACUGCGGCGAGCCAAACUGCGUGGGCUUCAUCGGCGGCAAGACACAAACUGAGCGCGCCACUAAAUUGCCGACCGCCACAGUCGAGGCGCUCGGUAUUGAUGGUGGUGACGGUUGGGACACGUCGGUUGCAAAGAAGCCUCGGAAGAAGAAGCCUGACGAGGACGACGAGGAAUACGUCAACAGCAUACAGCCGCGUAGCCUCAGCGAAGACGACGCCCGAAAGGUCAUGGCUACCCUUAUGCAGUGCAAAGAGAAGUGGAUCGCCGUCAAGCUCCUCGAACGUAUCCAGCGAUGCGACGAUGAGCGUGUCAUCCACUGUGUCAUGCGGAUGCACGCCUACCAGAUUCUCAAGACAACACUCAACACCUUUCUUGACGAUCACAACCUUGUCAUUCAGAUCCUGACAAUACUUGACAAGUUCCCUCGCUUGACGAGGAACAAGAUUCAGGACUCCAAGAUCGAGGCGACAGUUGAAGGCUUAACACGAUCCGACAAUGAAGACGUGGCAACCCGGUCCAAGAAGCUCCUCGAUGAAUGGAGCAAGUUGGAGAUGGGCUAUCGAAUUCGACGACGGAAGUUUGAUCCCAAUGCGCCCACUGCUAACUCGUUUGAGGAGCGCAGGGGAGCAGGCCGAGAGGAUGAGGCAGCCCAGUCGACGUCCAAGACUACAUCGCCAUUCAACAACGUUGAAGUGCCAAAGGGUCCUCGGAAUAGUGUGCCCCAGAGGAACAAUGCCUUCUUCCACAAUGGCGGACGCCCGCGACGAGCACCCUUCAACGCAGCGCUACCUCGGGGGUGGUUCACUGCCAAGGAUGCAGCGGGUAACACUUACUUCUAUAACAAGCAGGGGGUUACCACUUGGCAGAAGCCGACCCAGCCAGCUGCAGAGCCAGUUGCAAAGGCACCAUCCAAAGCCAUGAAGGAGCAAUUAGCUAUCCAGAGCAUCAUCGAUCAAGUCACAGAGAAGGGGACACCGAAACAUCCCACAGUCUCAACACCCAAAGCCGCUGAAACUCCGACUAAGGAGCCCAAGCCAGAGAAGUGGCGGUCUCUCCCAAUCGAAAAGCAAAUGAAGAUUUACGAGAAUACGCUAUUCCCUCAUAUCAAGCAUGUGCUCGACAAAUUCCAUCACAAACUUCCUAAGGAGGAGCUCAAGCGGCUAGGCAAAGAUAUUGCCAAGAAGCUUGUCGCUUCGGAUUAUAAGAAUAAUCGAGUGGGCGAUCCCAGCUCACCACUCAGUGACAAGCAGGCCAAGAAGAUGAAGAAGUUUGUCAACGACUUUUUGGACCGCGCCGUGGAGAAAUACGGUGAGCAUCAGAAGCGCAAGGCCGCCCGAGCGGCACAAAAGCAGACCAAGGAUGGCGAAGGCCUUGACGGAAGGGCAGAUCGCAAUGGAGGUUCUGCUGCUGACAGACUGGCCGGUUCUUCUCACGCAAAGGACGACGUGCCUAUGGCGGACGAGGUGGACGAGGCUGCAUUGUCAGACAAUGAUGGUCCUAGGUCCUCGACCAGCCCUGAUCGUAAACGGAAGCGAGAAGUUGAAGUUGAGGCGUCAGGAUCCCCGUCUCUUGCUUCAUCUGAGGGGCCGACAGUGAAAAGGGUGAGGGAGGACGAGAUGGAUGAACCUAGCCCACCACCACCCCCUCCUCCUCCUCCGCAAUCAGCCAUGGAGGAUGUCAUCACUGCUGAACAGCAGGCCCUCCGUGAGCAGGAGGAGGCCCUCAUGAGGGAAAACGAGGAGGCACAGAGACUCGAGGACGAAGCCAACCGCACCAAGUGCACGGAAGAUGCCAUAAGGGGCGCCGAGGAGGACGCACCGAUUGCUUCGAACGAGCCAUCCCAGCUGAGCCAUGAAGCCCAGGGAUCGGUGUAA